CGCACAGUGACUCGUACCAGUCGUCACACUCCUACGUCAGUAAAAACUUACCGGUUGUCGUUCUUUGUGAGUUUUUGUAUCUCGUUUUUCGUGUUUGGCUGUGUAAUCCAAUGAAUGCCUUUCACAACACUAUGCACCACAUGACCCGAUAGUUGAUCAGUAAGAACCAUGAUUGACCCAAGCUCUUCAGAGGAGGAGAGUGAGGAUGAGCAGCAUCAUCAUCAUCAUCAUGGUCACUCAGAAGACUCUCAUCACUCUCACUCUCACUCCCACUCUCACUCCCAUCCUCAUCACCGAGAGCCUCGUGCUGACCCCCACCACCACCGCCAUGAUGACCACUCCGGUGGCAACCUGGAGGUGCCUGCCUCCAACGCCAGCCUUCCCAGCCUGGAGCGCACUCGCCUAAGACAGUCUACAAACUCUCACCGCAGGUCGCUGUCUCCGUCGAGUGCAGUUUCCGCCGAGACUGUCAGCCUGAGUGGAAAUGCCGGCCCCGGAGCCCCCAGAGCCAACUCCCUGCCUCGACCCACCAGUCCUAGCCCUUCUGUUGUCAGCGAACGGGCGGAGGCCGAACUUCAGGAUAAACAAGAGCGAGAAGAAGAGGAGAGGAAAAGGCGUAUCCAGCUUUAUGUGUUCAUUUCUCGAUGUAUUGCCUACCCCUUCAACAGCAAGCAACCAACCGACAUGACAAGGCGACAGUUGAAAAUAACCAAACAGCAGCUUGAACUCAUUCAGGGAAGGUUUCAGAGCUUUCUAAAAGGUGAUACACAAAUAAUGGCAGAUGAAGCCUUCCAGAACGCAGUCCAAAGUUAUUUUGAAGUUUUCUUACGUUCCGACCGUGUUUUGAAAAUUGUUCAGUCAGGUGCCUGUUCUCAACAUGAUUUUAGAGAAGUGUUUAGAAACAACAUUGAGAAAAGAGUCAGAUCUUUACCAGAAAUUGACGGACUUAGUAAAGAGACAGUUUUAGCUUCAUGGAUGGCAAAAUUUGAUUGCAUAUUCAAAGUGGGUGAUGACGACUCCAAGAGACCAUCGCGGAUGCAGCAGCAGACUCUCAACAGUGAGCUGGUCCUCUCCAAAGAGCAACUCUACGACAUGUUCCAGCAAAUCCUCGGUGUCAAGAAGUUUGAGCAUCAGUUACUGUUUAAUGCUCUCCAGCUUGAUUCUGCUGAUGAACAAGCUGCUGCUAUUCGAAGAGAACUGGAUGGGAGGAUGCAGAAGGUGGCAGAAAUGGAAAAGAAUAGGAAGCUGAUGCCAAAAUUUGUUCUGAAAGAGAUGGAAUCGUUAUACAUAGAAGAACUGAAGGCAUCGAUAAAUCUGUUAAUGGCCAACUUAGAGUCUUUGCCUGUUUCCAAAGGCUCAAUGGACUCUAAAUAUGGCCUUCCAAAGCUGAAACGGUAUAACCACAGGCGAAGUAGAAGUUCUCGCCGCCCAGUAGAUGCUGUACUAGCCGUGGGACAAGAUCUGAAAGGUUUAAUAAGGUACCCAGGCACAAAAAAACAGGUUUUCGAGUUGGCAUCAGUCUGUUUAUCACAAGGAUCGUUGUCAAAGCUUGAGGGAGACUCAGCAGAUAAUGAUACUCAACUGAGCAAACUUGAUGUUGUCUUGACGUUUCAACUUGAGGUGGUUGUGAUGGAAGUAAAAGGUUUAAAAUCCUUAGCCCCUAACCGGAUAGUCUACUGCACAAUGGAAGUGGAGGGAGGAGAAAAACUUCAAACUGACCAAGCUGAAGCUUCCAAACCCAUGUGGGACACUCAGGGUGACUUCACCACAACCCAUCCCUUACCUGCUGUCAAGGUCAAACUGUUCACAGAGAACCCUGGAAUGUUGGCUCUGGAAGAUAAGUGGCUAGGGAAGGUUAUUCUUAAACCUACUCCUCUAUCAUCCAAGAGCCCUGAAUGGCACAAAAUGAAUGUACCUAAGAACUGUCCAGAUCAAGAUUUAAGGAUAAAGAUUGCUUGUAGAAUGGAUAAACCUCUGAAUAUGAAACAUUGUGGGUACUUGUAUGGUCUUGGAAAGGCUGUUUGGAAAAAGUGGAAGAAGAGAUACUUUGUUUUGGUUCAAGUUUCCCAAUAUACCUUUGCAAUGUGUACGUACAAGGAGAAGAAGUCGGAACCUUCAGAGAUGAUGCAGCUUGAUGGCUACACUGUUGACUACAUAGAAGCUGCAAGUGCCAACUUAAUGGUCGGAAUGGAUUUGGAGGGAGGCCGUUAUUUUUUCAAUGCUGUCAAGGAAGGUGACAGUAUCCUCUACGCGUGUGAUGAUGAGAACGAGUGUCACCUGUGGGUAAUGGCUAUGUAUCGGGCAACUGGACAGUCACACAAACCUACACCUCUGGUCACCACUGCUGGCAAAAACUCAACUAUAUCCAAGAUACAGGGAGAUGCUGACAGAGCCCGGAAACAUGGAAUGGAAGAGUUCAUCUCUGCAGACCCAUGUAAAUUUGAACACGCCUCAUUGUUUAAAAUGCUACAGACACUUACUCUUGAUUACCGAUUGAAUGAUCCUUAUUGCUCUUUGGGUUGGUUCAGCCCAGGGCAAGUGUUUGUACUGGACGAGUACUGUGCUCGCUACGGUGUCCGUGGCUGCUACCGUCAUCUCUGCUACCUCAACGAUCUGCUGGACCGUGCUGAGAAAAACAUCAUGAUUGACCCAACUCUCAUUCACUACAGUUUUGCCUUUUGUGCUAGUCAUGUUCACGGAAACAGGCCUGAUGGUGUAGGAACUGUGACUCAUGAAGAAAAAGACAAGUUUCAAGAAAUCAAGGAGAGGUUAAGGAUACUGUUAGAAAAUCAAAUAACAAAUUUUAGGUAUUGUUUCCCGUUUGGUAGACCUGAGGGGGCUCUAAAAGCAACGUUGUCUCUUUUAGAAAGGGUCCUGAUGAAAGACAUCGCUACUCCUGUGCCUCCUGAGGAUGUCAGAGGUUUGAUCAAGAAAUGUCUAGAAACAGCAGCUUAUGUCAACUAUACUCGGCUGUCAGCUGAAGCAAAGAUCGAAGAUGAUUUGAGUGGUGAAAUGAUAGUGCCUCCUGGCAAGAAGCUAGAAGACCUCAUCCACCUUGCUGAACUCUGUGUGGAUUUGCUGCAGCAGAAUGAAGAACAUUAUGCGGAGGCGUUUGCCUGGUUUAGCGACUUGCUUGUGGAACAUGCAGAAAUAUUCUGGUCCCUGUUUGCCGUUGAUAUGAACCAAGUGUUGAGUGAACAACCAGCAGACACUUGGGACUCCUUCCCUCUCUUCCAGAUCCUCAAUGACUACCUCCGCACAGAUGAUAACUUGAAGAACGGUCGCUUUCAUCAGCAGCUGAGGGAUACGUUUGCUCCAUUGGUUGUCAGAUAUGUGGACUUGAUGGAGUCAUCCAUCGCCCAGUCUAUACAUAAGGGUUUUGAAAAGGAACGGUGGGAAAUCAAAGGAAAUGGUUGUGCCACAUCCGAAGACUUAUUUUGGAAACUAGAUGCCUUACAAUCUUUCAUCAGGGAUUUACAUUGGCCUGAUGUGGAAUUUCGUCAACAUUUAGAACAGAGACUUAAGCUAAUGGCCUGUGAUAUGAUUGAGUCAUGUAUUCAGAGGACCGAAAAUGCCUUUCAACAAUGGUUGAAGAAGGGAACUUUCAUAUCAACUGACUACAUAAUUCCCUCAGAGAUGUGUGCGAUGGUGAAUGUGAUCUUGGAUGCCAAGAACCAAUCAUUCAAGUUGUGUGCUGUGGAUGGGGUUGAUGUGCACCAAUAUCACACAAAGAUUGAUGACUUGAUUGAGAAAACCUCAGCAAGUAUGAGUCAAGGGAUGAUCAGCAAACUAGUCGCAGUUCUCGAGACUACUCUCUCUAAGCUGAGCCGUUACGAUGAAGGCAGUCUCAUUGGAUCCAUCCUCAGUUUCACUAAUGUAUCAGGAUCAGGAAAAGACAUGGGCCAUGCAUAUGUCAACUUUACUCGUAACUGUUUGGAGCAAAUCAGAAGCAAAGUCAACGAUGAUCUUUGGAUUCUUAACUUUUUUGAGCAAUGGUAUACUGCACAAAUCCAACUCCUGUGCAACUGGCUGUCUGAGAGACUAGAUCAUUCUCUACAUGUGUACCAGUGCACUUGCCUCGCUCAUAUUGUUAAGAAACUGUAUUCAGACUUUGAACUCCACGGUGUGACAGAAGAUAAGCUUUUGUCUAAAACCUACCAAACAGUUUCCCAGAGAAUGCAGACUGAGGAGGCUACCUGUGCUUUGACAGAGAGUUCUACACGAGAUAUGGAUUCUGAAGAGUACGGAGAGGCAGGAGGAGAUGAUGAUGGAGAUAGAGGAAAGCCGAAGGUGACCAUUAGAGAGACUCUAGGAGAGGACGGAAUACAAGCCAAACUGACCAACAUCACGGGCAACGUCGCAGGCAGGCUGGGCAAUGUCAUGGGCAAGGGCAUCGGUGGCUUGUCUAAGUUUGGGGGAGGCAGCUGGUUUUAAGCAUCUGCAUCCGUGCUAUGUGUGUUUGUUAUUGUAUUAAGGAUACUUAUUUUAUCGGUGUUUUUGUACAAAACAAGUCAAACUUAGUUCAUAAAUGAAUACCAAAAUUUUUAUUUUUUUUUAAUAUGACCAUUUAUGGAGUCGGGUGAAGGUAUGAUCAACCUACUCGAUGGUACAAAUUUCGAUAACUCGUACGAUUUUCUGAGAGCUAGUUGUUACAUAUAUGUUACUGUACAAAAGUCAUUACUUAGGGCCCUGUGUUCAUUGACUGAGCUAGCCUGUGAUUCACCUCUAUAUCGGAGUGUUUGUUGUUAUACGAUUCAAACAUAAUCGGAUGUUUUAUAGUGAAAGCCGAUAUAAGUAUAUAUUAUGAAUUUCGAACCGGUUAUCGAUACUGUAUAAACCGAACCUAUCGAUGUACAUAUAUAUAAAUAUGAAAAUAAACAGUAUGUAUAUCUCCGUGUAUAUAUACAUAUAUACAUAUAUAAAUAUGUAUAUAUACUGAUUGAAUAGUUAUUGUAGCUACUUUAGUAAGGAGUGAUAGUAACUGUAUUGAUAAGUGAUAAAUUGUCCUAUUAAAAGGACCAUUUGCAUAUGUAUAAAUGCAUAUUGAACUGUAUGUAUUUAUAUACAUUAAAGAGUAUAAACAUACAUAACGUGUGAGCCAUAGAGAGUUCAUAGUGUGUAAGUAAUCAGAACUCUGGUUACAAAAGUCGAUGAGUCCACAAGAAAGAUAGCACCCACUGAUGAAUCAACCAUAAUGUUGCAGCCAAGCAAUUUUGUUGUUUCCCCUUCCAUAUAUUUGCACUGUCAAAUAAACUAAACUAAAUUUACCAUUAAUCCUGUACAAAGAUCAGUUUCCAACUCUUUAAAUCCACUGUGCAGAAAAAUUUAAUGAUUUAGAACAUUAAAACUAAAGGCCUAAAUAUUUAAGAGGGAUCACAAAAGAGAAAGCACUGACGCAGAACAGGCCAUUGCAUACAAAUGUAUGUAUGUGAAGUGAAACUGUGGUGUUUGUCAUGUUGAUGCAACAGUUCAUUGAAGUAGUGGGUGUUAUCCAUGUAAAUAUUGUUCUCUUCUUAUAGCAACGUUACUAGUGUGCAUUGUUAUUUUAUAUUAAAAUUUGAUGACAAAGAUAAUAAUAUGAUAGUCCUUAUAAUAAUAAGAUCAGUUUUGUUUAAGUAGUAUUAUUUAUAUUGUUAUUGAAAGUUUAAAAUUGCAAUUUUGAAUUUUUGUAUGUUCUGUUUGUUAGAUUAAAUGCUAUCAAAAUAAAAUAAAUGGACAAGCCAUCGUUUAAUAAAAACUGUAUUUAUGAAGUGCCUGAAGUGAGUUUAUAUAAUUUGUUACAUAAGGUACAAAUUUUGUCAUGCGAUCAAAUCUACAAGAAUCAAGUAUUUGAGAUUUGUAUGCGAUGAUAGUCAAAUAAUGAAAAUUUUGUCAUAAAUUUUUGUAUAAGUGGAAAGUAAAAAACACAUCGUCAAACUAUUUUCAAUGGUUGUCACGGGGUCACCAAAAGCCGUUUAAAAAGCUUAAUUAAUAUGUAGCGACUUUUUACUUUUUUAUAUCUAUUUGUACUUCGACAGAUAUUAGGAAAAUGUAUCAAAAACUAUCUGAUCCUCAUCAUCUAUACCAUACUGUAUCAAAGAUUGUAAAAAGGGGAUUCUAAAAGUUUAUUUUUGUUCGGAUCUAAUAAAAGUAUAAUGCAACAAAAAAUCUCUUUAAAAUAUCAAUAACAUCUUGCAUUAGUUAAACUUAUGCAUUUCUGCAAUUGGAAAAGAAAAGCCAGAAUCCCUAUGACGAAUGUAGUGAUCAGCAAAUAUUGAUACUGAGGUUGAAGUGGGACCAGUGCUCUCUCUCUUUCUCUCUCUAUUCAUCGAUCCAUCUACAAGUGUAUCUAACUUUCCCUUUUACACUCUCUCUCUCUCUCUACCUUUCUCUCUAUGCCUCUCUCUAUCUAUAUCUGCAUCUAGCUAUCAACUUAAAUCUUCUUAACCAACUAUACAUCUUUUCUUUUACUCACUCUCUCUCUAUCUCUCUUCUCAUUUUGUCUGUUUUGACUUUAGCUAGUUUUCCCCCUAUAAAUUCAGUAAAUACAAAAAUAAAUCGUUAAAAAUACCCAAAGGGAAUACUGCGUGCUUCACAUUUUGGAUCACUAAGCAUUAUGUCGUUGUCUUGUAAUUAUUUAAAAUUAAAUUUUUUUUGAGAGCUACUGGAAGAGUACUUGAACCACAUAAAUAGAUUAAAGAUCCGUUAACCUCAUCACUAUGAAUAUUACGAGGAGUGUCACGUAAAUCUAAAAAGAUAUUUUGAAACUUUUCAAUCAGAUGUACAUCAAUCAUUUUGUAUAUCUGUCUUAUAAUCUUAUGACCAUUGAAAUUACAUUUUCUAUCGCAUGUUAUUGAAAGUCAAAGUUACAAUUUUCUUUCAAAUGUAUAAACUAUAAAGUUAUGAUUUGUAUAUUUCUAUCCAUGUUAUCAACAAAUAAUGAAAAGUUAAUUGUGUUUUUAAUUUUCUAAUUAUUAUGAAAAUAUGUUUUCGUUUCGAGGAACCUCAUGAUAAAUUUACAUCAUGAUGAGGUAAUGUUUUUGUUACCUCAUGAUAAGUUUAUUUAAUCAAAGACCAUAAAGUUUUUUUUUAAAAACUCUAUGUUGAUGGUAUAUUAUGUGUGCAUACGAUACAGAUAAAAUAUAACAACAUGUUUAAUUUAUAUAAGUUUUUCAUCAAAUGUUAUAAAUUUAACAGAUUUUUAAUAUUAGAUGUACAACGUUCGUAAAUGAAUAGUUGUUAAAGUAGUAGUCAAAAUAAAAACUACAUAUAUAACGUUAAAACUAAGCCAGGAUUUUAGACAUAAAGGAUAAAAUUUAAUUAUACUUGUACUUUGUAAAUAGAAAUUGGUAAUUUGUGUUAAUUAAAGUGAUUAGAGGUUCUUCAAAGUAUUUCAUCAAUUUAGUAAUUCACUAAAACAAACGCUAAUAUAAUGUACCAUAACAAAGCAUGACCUUUUUCAAGUUGUAGAUUGUAUUGAUAUUUGAAGGUCAAAGAUUUUAGAGUUUCAUGUUCCCGAGGAAACAAAAUUUAUUUUUCAAUGAUAGGAUUGAGGUAGCAUAUUUUUUAUCUAAAAAAUUGUUAAAUUUUAAUACAAGAUCUGUUAGUAUAUACCCCAGGUGCAUUUGGAUGUGACUAUUUAAUUGUGUUUUCAUAUAUGUCUCGAUUGGUAUCGAAACAGAUCCUUUUUUCAUGAAGCCAAGUUUCUUUUGGAAAAAAAGUAGUCUUGUCAGCUUUUGUCUUUCGAUUUGUAACCACUAACUACUCUUUUUGUUGACUUAAAAUGAAAAUGUCUAGGAUAAACAUUUGAACUACAGCUUACCGUAAAAGUAUUCAGCAGGCUAUUUUCCUUAUGUCAUUUGUUUUAAAAUUUGAGAAUUUUGAUCAACUUGAGAAACUAAAAUGACACUACAAACUAUUUCCAGUGGUGUAAACAGCGGCUAUGGCUCAGCAUGAUUUUUUAUAGUUGAAACAUCUGUUUAGUGUGGUUGUAUGGGUUAGAAAUCACAGUUAAAUAUCAAAAUAAUCAAAAUGCACUUGGAUCCACACAACUAUUGUCCACAAAAUUUUCCUCCUUAUAUUUUACUUAGCAACUUUUCCUCUAAAACUACUUAAAUUUAGUCAGUAGUUUAUACAUUGUUGGAAGUAAUUUGUUACGUUAUAUAUAGUAACCCAAUUGUUAUGAGUAAGAGAGGAAGACAUUUAAAGUACAGCAUGCAUCUGUGUAGUCCCUGUAUUCAUGUAUACAAAGCUGAACACCUAACCUGCGCGAUAUGCUUCUCUUUAGGAAUUAAUGCAGUAUUUGGCGUGAAUGCAGUGCUAUCCUAAGCCUUUUUUAUUUUCACAGUUAAUAAUAAUUUUAUAAAUAAGGGUCUGCUAUUAUAAUGUUUUAAGUUAUGUUUACAAAAUUGAUCUCUUUGUAGCUAUAUCUAUUCCCAGGACAUCAAAAAUGUUUGCUUUCCUAUGUUGUGGUAAUCAUUAAAAACUACUUACUUAUUGAGAGAUCUAUUUUAUCAUUAAAAGUUUCACAACAUUAAUUUUAAUCUGUUGAAGGCAAAGACAUUCAGUUAGGAUAAAAUCACCAAUUAUUUAUUGUGUUUUUGUUGAAGUACCAUAAAUUAAUUGGCAAAUCUAAAUUUGUCUCUGUGUUGUUUAUGUUAUUAAAAGGAUAGCCUAGUUACUUGAUGGAUUUUGGUGAUUUUGAAACUGGUCUAAUGAAUAAAGUGAAUUUAUGACAGACUAGCAAUUUUUACGAGGUGAGAUGGAAGGUCAAGUUAUGCCUGGGAAGUUACCUAAACAGUAAACUCUGACAAAAAAAUUUGAAUCAUAUUUAUGUCUCUCUUAAGAGGUAGUUGAACAACCACUAAGCCAGCAUUAAGCUUACUGUUAAAAUAAUAUAUUUUAACACUGAAAUAUUCAAAACACCAAACUGAGAACCUCUCAACCAAGUCCUAUAAGUCACUCAAAAUGUUAAAUGUUAAUGUAAUUAGUUGUUCAGAAAUUGACAUAGAUAUACUAUGUAUAUAUAUGUUCAAUGGCCAUAAACUCCCUUGAAUUGACUGGAGCAUUUGUCCCUUGCGCUAGCUUAUAGAACGCCUCCUCUAGUAAAAUUAUUCUUAAUUUGACAGUAACAAACCAUGCGUAUUUUAGAAUCAGAAGAAUCAGUAUCUAAAAAAAAUAACUUUACUAAAAAGCUUUAUUUAUGUAUAGAACUUAAACCAGUAAAAUGUCCUGGGAAUAGCUAUUUACUGAAUUAUUCGAUAUUUAAAAUUUAAACUACAUAGGUUCUGUUAUUUGAAGUUUCCAAAAUGUUCCUAGAGCCUAAUUAAGUUUGUAAACACCGUCGCCAGAAUGAAUAUAAAACCUUAAGUAAUGAACAGUCAAGCGAAUAUUUCACCUUUCACUUAUCAGCAUUACCUUGACAGUUAUUACAAGUCUUUAACUCGCCUUAACAUUUAUUUCAGACCUGAACGUAAUGGCGCUGAAUGUAUUUUUUGGUCCAGACGUGUUAACUAACAUUUGUCAAUGAUGUAGAUCUUUUUUCUUUAUUCAAUCUUCUAACCUUAAUUGAUACAAACAACUGCAAUUUAUAGAUGUUUCUGAUAGUUUAAGAUGCCAUCAGAUUGAAAUCAGUUGUUGAAUUUCACAAUACUAUCUGGGAGUUUAUUUGCCAUAAUAUAAUGUUUAGUCCUUUUUAACCACUUAAAUUAUAAUUUGUCUUAAAAUGCCGUUUUUGACAAGAUUCACUUUUUUUGUUCCACCCCUCCGUAAAAUAUGUACAUUCAGACCUAUCCCUGAAGAAAUUGCCCAUUUCCAGCUUGACUUGAGGUUGAAUUUAUUUUACUUCAGUCAACCAGGUGCUCUAUUCAUCAGGGCAUAGUAUCCCUUGAAUUUGAGAAAGAUGAAGUAAAAUGUCGGAUUAGUUACUUGACUAAGGAAUUAUAUUUCUUGUUUUAAUAAAACAUAUGUCAUCCUGUAAAAUCUACUUACUUUUUCAGGAAAAAAUUUAAAAAUAUGGAACCAACUAUCAGUGUUAUUAUGAAUGAAGGAUUGCAAACUUGUCAUGUUUAGUAGAAUGAUUCAAUACGUUUGUGUAUAUAUCUGCAGGUUGAACAGUUCAGUGCAUUAGUGAACCUCUUUGUUUUUGUAUCACCAAAGUGUGAAUGGUUGUUUUGUCAGUCCCAUACAGUGAGUGCCUUGUAGAUCUGUCUCAGUUGUUAUUGGUGUCAAAGUUGUCAAAAAUACUUUUUUUGUAUACAGCCCUGCCUAGUUAACACUUCAUCAGGUCAUAAUGCCAUCUCAACUCAGCUGUCGAUAAUGUUAUAAACAUACUACACACUUCCUGUAUUAAAUUUAACUGACAUUUUCAGGUUCAUGCCAUUCUAAUAUUCCCUAAUUCAAAUAUUCGACUUUUUUAAUAAUUCUACUAUCAAUAAAUACAAAUUGUUAUAGAGGAACACAUAAACAAUAAUUUUGAAGCAAGCUGAGUUGAAUGGAGCUAUACCAAUUUUUAAAGUAUAUUGAAUGGCCUGUUCACAUUUACCCUCCUAUGUGAGAAUAAAGUAGUUAAGUUUCAAAAUUGUUAUGAGCUACUUUUUGAAGUUUUAUUGAUUACAAAACUUGCGAAAAUACAUAUAUUUUUUUGAGUGGGUAUGGGUGUAACUUUUGGAAAAAGUAAAAACCGAGGUUCCUAGGUUAAGGUGUAGCUAUUAAAAUUUCACCUCUCAUUAAAUUCUGUAGUUCUGAAGUUUUUGGUGGAUAAAUAUGCACGUAACUAAUGUUUAAUACAAGAAAAUACUCUAUUCGAGGAGUAAAUACCAUGUGACACAUUUAUAUAUCUUAUGUAAUAAAUUAAUUUGAGUACAUAAAUUUAACAUUAAGUAUUGAUUAAUUAAUUAAAAUGUCAAAAAUUUUACAAAUGAAAUUAUAUAGAACAAGAAACAUGCUGACAUUGAAAAAGUAAGUAGGCUUCAUACUUAGGCUAUUGUUACCAAUACCACCAUUACUAAAUGAUAUUACAGAAUUAUUUGUCCAAUGAAUCUCUUACAUCUUUUCUAAGUGGAAUUUAAGACUAACAACACUUUUUCCCCUUUGCAGAGGUUUAACAUCUUUAAUAAUUGGGCUACCUUUUAUUGACUAUCCUUGUAUCAUAAUAAAGGGUGUCCCAAUAAGAACGCCGGAUUUGGAAUGUUAACAAACCAUAUAUUUUCUUACUAAAUUUACAAUAUUGAACAUGAAUCUUAAAGCAUAGUAUCUCCGAUUAAUAAUUGAGUAUUAUGUCUUGUAAGUGCCCACCUGCUGAAUACUGACAAGCUCGACAUCUCUUGACAAAGUUUUCCAUCACUUUUUCUCACACUUCCUGUUGAAUUCCAUUAAUGGCACGAAUCAUUUCCUCCUUCAAGUCUUGGAUUGUUUGAGGGUUAUUGGAGAAAACAAGCGACUUUAAAUAUCCCCAAAAUAGAACUGAGUCAAUUUAUUCGAACUUAUAAAUCAAUCUUCGGACAUAUGGAUCAUUUGGUGCAUUGUCCCGGCCGUAAAUAGUGCGCAGCUUCCGUGAUUGUAGUGCACUUUAACUAUGACCACGCGUUGUUCCGUCGUGUAGCGAUUCAUGACUACAAAUGGGACCUAAUACUGAUAACGUCGCUGAUAAUUUGGGAAUUCCUAUUGAAAUACAGAUAAGGAUAAGACGCUCCUCAAAUCCGGCGUUCUUACUGGGACACCCUUUACUUACUUUUUAUUUUGAGUCAGCUGUAUUAUUACUUUAUAUUUUAAGCAAAAUUUACAAAUGGUUAUUUUAAUUUAGUUGAUAUAAUAAAACUUUUUACUAUGUCCGCUUCAAUAAUAUAUAUGUAUUUUUGUCAAUAGGUUAACAAAAUUAAAGACAAAAUGUUUACUUUUAGAUGGCAUUAUAUUAUUGAGGUAGUACCAUCACUUUGUUUAUUUAGUUGUAACACAACAGGAAACAACGAUAUUACAGUAGCAAUCUCAUGUAAAAUAUUAGUGAUGUUGUCAUGUUUAAUAUGGGUUCACAUUUAGGUUGUUGAAUUAGCUGUUAUGGUAGGACAUUAACACUGGCAGCAAAUUUAGUAUCACAAGGCAAUAACACAAACUAUUCAAUUAGCCUUAAGUAGUUUGAUGAUUUAGGUAAAUUCCCUGUUUAUUAAGUUUUUAAAUAUUCAGAUUCAUCUUCGUACUUUUCACUGGAAUAUUUAUACCUAAUAACUCUCUUUUUGCCUUCUCUAAUCGUCUCAUAGCCUUCCGUAUAAGCUUAACUAAUACUAUAUACUAACGUUUGACAUAUGUUAUAUAUUGUGUAUGCUGGAUAUCUGCAAUCACAUUUUGUAAUGCAAUAUCAUUCCAAUUCUACGCUACCUAGUACAUUUUUAUGACUGCUAUACACAUAUUUAGAAUAAUAAUGAGAAAUCGGCAUGAAUUGUACUCUUUUUAAUUGUAAUAUUUGAUUUGCAGGCAUUGUUUAAACAAAAUUUAUCACAAUAAAUUUAAACCGUUAUACAA